CAUAAUUCAGGUCUCUUAUUUUGAAGUGACUACGACGGCUAAAGGCAAACAGCGUCGUUGUUAUGGUAACAGUGAUCCGAUCAGAUCGCACUUCACCUCCUCGUCUUUAUUUUUCUCUUCAUGAUUAUUUUUCUCUGGCACGCGCUCGAAUGUCUGCGGCGGAUUUUUUGCGGGAAUCUGAACGUCUCAGAAAGUUGGAGAGUAAACACGACAGAGAGACGAGCAGAAGAAAAGAUUUCAGUGCGUUUGAGGAAAUCCACAAUAACCUAAAAGCUGAUCUCAGAGCGGACAUCAUGAAAGUGCAAAAGGAAUUGCAGAAGAUCAGGAAUUGUGUCUAUAGAUUCCAGGCGCAGCUGACAGAUAUGAAAUCUUCUCCAGACUUGUUUGACAAAUUAAAGGAGACUAUGAUCGAUAUCGAGAACUCCAUCAACAUUUUUAAAGACACGCAGCAUCAAAGUUUUGAGGAACUCUUGAAAGAGGAGAGAAAUCUUUGGCAGGAAAUCUGUGCCUUUGAUCAAAAGAUUGAUGUCUGGUCAUUGGUUGUAAAAGCAGACGGCCGGGAUCUUCAGUCAGCCGGACCUUGCGCAGGCCGUAAGGACUCGAGAGAUCUUCCGGCAGAAGUGACUGCAUUAGAGAUCUUUCUCCAGCAAAGCGCCGGACCACAAGGCGGCUGGGACAAGUACGACCAUCAGAGCUUCAUGAAAGUUUGGACAAAACACAACGGAAAACCUUCAUACAGAAAAGAAGCAAAGCUUUAUUUACCCGAUAAGACUGAGGAGGACCUUCAGCUGCACGAGGAGUGGUAUCUACAGUUGUGCCAUCUCCAGGAAAGAAAGAGGGAGGCCAUCCACAGAUGGAGAGCAGCCAAGCAGAGAGACCUGGAGCUGCAGAGAGAGCAUCAGCAGAGAGAAGGUUCAAGAAAGGAGCCGGACGAAGCCACCGCCGUGGCCCUGCGCCUCAAACAGGAGGAGCAGCGCAAGGAGGCGGCUGAGAGGCUGGAUGCCUGGAGAAGCUGCAGAAAACAGCAGAUGGACCGAGAGCAGGAGCAGCGAGUCAGAGACGAGAUCCAGCGGCGAAAAAGAGAAAAAGAGGAACGGAGGAGACAGCUGGAGAUGAAGCUCAUGGUGGAGUCUCAUGCUCGACAGAAGAAGGAGGAAGAGGAACUGCACGUCCUGCAGAAAGAGGCACAGGAGCAGGCAGAGAGAGAGCAGCGGCGCAGGCUGGCCGCUGAAGGCAUCAAACGCUUUCAACAAAGGGAUUCACAGCACUUAAUGACCAAACUACAAGAGAACCAGAAUAAAGAGCAGGAGGAACAUGAGCGACAACUGAAACUAGCUAAACUAAAGGAAAAGGUGCAGGUUCACGUCGACCGAGAUCCAUCGAGACUUUGGAAACCGACUAAAGGCUGGGAGUCACGUGCUAAAGAGAUCGGUCCAUCCGAGGCCAGCGGGCCAAUAUAUCAGAUGUUUCACAGGGCAGUUCCAACCUGGAGACAAGACUUGUGAAAUGAUCUCUACACAACAUAUCUAUUAAAUGUUAUAUACAUUAUCAAAACAUAUUUUUCUAGGCUUUUCUUACAACUUCUUAAUUGUUUGUGUGAAAAACACCAUGAUUUAAAUGGUCAUUAAAAUACAUUUUAAUAUCACAGUGCGUCCGUUGAUCGU